UCCCCAAAGGAGGCCUCUUCUUAAUUUUAUGGCUGUAACUGAAAGUGGGCCUAUGUUUUUGAAAGCAGUAGAUUGUUCAGAUGAGAUCAAAGACAAGGAUUAUGUUGCAAAGCAAAUAAGAGAUGUCAUAAGAGAAGUCGGUCUCUCAAAUGUAGUGCAGAUUGUGACUGAUAAUGCGCCAGUUUGUAAAGCGGCUGGUUUAUUGAUUGAAGCUGAAUUUCCAUCUGUUUUUUGGACUCCUUGUGUUGUUCAUACUCUCAACCUUGCUUUAAAGGACAUUUGUGCAGCUAAGAAUACAGAGAAGAAUAAUUUUGUUUAUCAAGAAUGCUCAUGGAUUACUCAAAUUGCUGACGAUGCUUCUUUUAUAAAAAAUUUUAUUGUUAAUCAUCAUAUGAGGUUAUCUAUUUUCAAUGAAUUUAAUACAUUGAAGUUGCUUAAUGUUGCUCCUACUCGAUUUGCUUCUACUAUUGUGAUGCUCAAAAGAUUUAGGUUGUUAAAGCAAGGCCUCAAAGAGAUGGUUAUAAGUGAGAAGUGGUCUUCAUAUAAGGAAGAUAAUAUUGGCAGAGCUGAAGUUGUUACAGAAAAGAUUUUGAGUGAAAAUUGGUGGCAAAAAAUUGAUUAUAUUCUUGCUUUCACAAAUCCUAUUUAUGAUGUUUUAAGAAGUACAGACACAGAUGCACCUACUCUUCAUUUGGUCCAUGAGAUGUGGGAUUCAAUGAUCAAGAAAGUAAAAAGUGCUAUAUAUCUCUAUGAAAGAAAAGAUGAACAAGAGUCAUCGUCCUUCUACGAUGUUGUGCACUCAAUAUUAGUUCAAAGAUGGACAAAAAGUAGCACACCUCUUCAUUGUUUAGCACAUUCAUUGAAUCCAAGGUAUUAUAGCCACCAAUGGUUGAGAGAAGAUCUUACACGAGUUUCUCCUCAUCAAGAUAUUGAGAUCACUAAUGAGAGAGUUAAAUGCUUGAAGAGGUAUUUUCCUAACGAAGAAGAGAGGAGAAAGGUAAACAUUGAAUUUGCAAGCUUUUCUGAUGGUAGAGGUGUCUUUGAUGAUUAUGACUCUUUGAAUGAUAGAGGCAUAGUUGAUGCAAAGUCUUGGUGGCUAAUUCAUGGUAGUAAAGCAAAAUUUCUUCAACCAAUUGCUCUUAGGCUACUAGGGCAACCAUCUUCAUCUUCUUGUUGUGAAAGGAAUUGGAGCACAUAUUCUUUUAUCCAUUCCCUAAAAACAAAAGAUUUAGGUUGUUAA